CUGUUUAUUUUUAGAAUCUGGAAAAUCUUUCACCAGCAUUGACCUACUUUAAUAAUGUACACUCUGAUUUGUAAACAGGUAUAGAGGAAGACUACACUGAAGGGGAUAAUUUAUUUGAGGUCAUUGCUCAAUGAAACUUAAUCACCAGUUAUAGUGUUAUGUUAUACCUUUUUGCCAGAAAUGACAGGUGAUAUGUCGAGUGAAUUAGUGUUUUAUGUGAAUGGAAUAAAGGUUGUGGAGGAGAAUGCAGAACCAGAGACAACCCUUUUACAGUUUCUUCGACAGAAAUUGGGCUUAACUGGUACAAAGCUUGGUUGUGGGGAAGGAGGAUGUGGGGCUUGUACUGUGAUGGUAUCCAGGUUUGAUCACUACAGCAAAAAGAUAUGUCACUUCUCAGUGAACGCAUGUCUUGCCCCACUAUGUUCUAUGCAUGGAAUGGCUGUGACGACGGUGGAGGGUAUCGGCAGUGUUAAGAAUGGCCUCCAUCCUGUGCAGGAAAGGCUUGCCAAAUCACAUGGAUCUCAAUGCGGAUUUUGUACACCAGGGAUUAUCAUGUCCAUGUAUACUUUAUUGCGGAAUGAUCCCCAGCCAACCAUUGAACAUAUGGAAAAGGCUUUUGAAGGUAACCUGUGCAGAUGUACUGGCUAUAGACCUAUCUUAGAUGGCUUCCGAACAUUUACCAAGGAGUAUUGUGCUAUGGGAGAGAACUGCUGUAAGAAUAAAAAUGGUAACAAUAACCUACAGCUAGAAGAUGGGGUUGGAACAGACCUUGUCAAAACCAAAGCAUUCUUGCCAUUAGAUGCAACACAAGAUCCAAUAUUCCCGCCAGAAUUACAGAAUUCUACCAAGUUUGAUACAGAUUACCUUAUAUAUAGAGGAGAACGGGUUGUAUGGCAUAGGCCAACUAAAUUAGAUGAACUUCUUGAUCUCAAAUCAACAUACCCAGAUGCUCGAUUGGUUGUGGGAAACACUGAAAUAGGUGUUGAAAUGAAGUUUAAGAACAUGAAAUACCCUGUGAUGAUAGCACCCACACAUAUCCCAGAGCUUGUUGAUAUUACCCACACAGAUUUAGGGAUCAGAUUCGGAGCGUCUGUGACUCUAUCAAGGAUAGACCAAGAACUGAAAGAGGCCAUUGCAAAAUAUUCAGAACCCAAGACUCGAGUAUUUACAGCUGUGAUAGAGAUGUUAAGAUGGUUUGCAGGGUACCAGAUAAGAAAUGUUGCUGCUGUGGCGGGCAACAUUAUUACUGCUAGUCCAAUCUCAGAUUUAAACCCAUUGUUCCUGGCAUGUGGAGCAGUACUUGAAGUCCAAAGUAAAGAGAGUGGAAGGAGGCAGAUUACAAUGGAUGAAAAGUUUUUUCUGGGCUACAGAAAGACUGCUUUAACGUCCACAGAGGUUGUGAUAAAUAUACUUCUGCCUUUCACUUCAAAGAAUGAAUAUUUUGGUGGCUACAAACAGGCAUAUAGACGAGAGGAUGAUAUUGCCACAGUAAAUUCAGGGAUAUAUGUAGUAUUUGAAGAUAACAGUAAUGUGAUUAAGAAGUUAUCCCUGGCCUAUGGUGGAAUGGCUAUUACAACUAUAAUGCCCACCAGAACUAUGGCAGCAGUUGUUGGAAGAAAAUGGGAUGACAGUCUAGUCAUGGAUAUUUGUCGUCUGCUGGCAGAUGAUCUCCCCUUACAACCAGGGUCACCAGGAGGAAUGGUGGAGUACAGACGUACUCUUACAAUCAGUUUCUUCUUCAAGUUCUACCUCUCAGUACAGAUGCAGCUACAGUCUAUGCACCUAUCAAAAACCAAAGUUCCUUCAUACUUGCACAGUGCCACAGCCCCAUUUCACCGAGACCCCUCAAAGAGCACUCAGAUUUACCAAGAAGUGGCCUCAGGGCAGCGGGAAGAGGACCCUGUCGGACGCCCCAUCAACCACCUGUCAGCAAUGAAACAAGCCACAGGAGAGGCAGUAUAUAUUGAUGAUAUGCCGAAAUUUCAGAAUGAGCUGUACAUGGGAUUUGUGAUGAGCAAGAAAGCAUAUGCAAACAUCAAGUCAGUUGAUGCAUCAGAAGCGUUGUCCAUGCCCGGCGUUGUUGACUACAUCAGCCAUGUGGAUGUACCAGGCAAGAAUACAUGGGGAGCGGCAUUACCAGAUGAUGAAGAAAUUUUUGCUACAACUCAGGUAUUAUGUGAAGGACAGAUUAUUGGUGGAAUAGUUGCAGAAACUCAAAUACAAGCUCAGCGGGCUGCUAAAUGUGUAAAAGUAGAAUAUGAGGAACUGAAGCCCAUCAUUACAAUAAAGGAAGCGAUUGAAGCAGGAUCAUUCUUUGGAUCACCACAAAAAAUCAGCUGCGGUGAUGUGGAAGCUGCACUCCAGCAGGCAGACCAUGUGAUUGAAGGUGAAUGUCACGUUGGAGGUCAGGAACAUUUCUAUUUGGAAACUCAAGCAGUAAUUGCCAUUCCAAAAGGAGAAGAUGGGGAAAUGGAGAUGUUUAUCUCUACACAAAAUCCAACUGAAAGUCAGCAUGUGACAGCAGAGGCAUUGAAUGUUCCUGCCAACAGGAUAGUUGUUAGAGUAAAGAGGAUUGGCGGUGGUUUUGGUGGCAAGGAAACAAGAUCUGUAAUGAUCUCAACGCCUGUUGCCAUAGCAGCUAAUAAGUUGGGGCGGCCAGUACGUGUGAUGUUGGAUCGAGAUGAGGAUAUGUUGAUGACGGGGACUAGGCAUCCAUUCUAUGCAAAAUACAAGAUAGGAUUUAUGGAUGGAGGGAAAAUAACUGCUCUGGAAAUCAAUAUAUACAAUAACGCUGGAAUGUCCCAGGAUCUGUCUUGGGCUGUAAUGCAUCGUGCCAUGUUUCACUCGGACAAUGCCUACAAGAUUCCAAACCUAAGUACCACGGGUCAUGUAUGUAGAACCAAUAUAUCAUCUAACACAGCUUUCCGAGGGUUUGGAGGACCACAGGGAAUGAUGGUUGUGGAACAGUGUAUCACUGAUGUGGCAUAUACCUUGGGUGUUUCACCAAUCAAGGUAAGGGAGUUAAAUCUAUACCAGGAAGGGGACAGAACUCACUAUGGUCAGCUAUUAGAACAUUGUACUGUACAGAGGUGUUGGGAUGAGUGCUUGAACCAGAGUGAUUAUUUCAGACGUAAAAAGGAAGUGGAUAUUUUCAACAGUGAAAAUCGUUGGAAGAAAAGAGGCAUCACUAUAGUACCAACAAAGUUUGGAAUUGCUUAUACAGCACUAUUUUUAAAUCAGGUAGCUUUAAAUCAGGCUGGUGCUUUAGUGCAUAUAUAUAUGGAUGGGUCAGUGUUGUUGACCCAUGCUGGUGUAGAGAUGGGUCAGGGGCUACACACUAAAAUGAUACAGGUUGCAAGCAGAGCUCUACGGAUUCCAGCUUCGAAGAUUCAUACAAGUGAAGUGGGUACCAAUACUGUACCUAAUACAUCGCCGACGGCUGCAAGUUGUGGUUCUGAUCUCAAUGGCAUGGCAGUCAUUAAUGCAUGCAAGACCCUCUUAGAGCGACUGGAACCAAUAAUGCUGGAAAAUCCCAAAGGAACAUGGGAGGAUUGGAUAAAGUCAGCAUAUAUAAAUAGGAUAAGUCUUUCAGCUACUGGAUUUUAUAAAACUCCUGGAAUAGGAUAUGAUUUUAACACUGGGAAAGGACGACCAUUCAAUUACUUUACAAGUGGAGUAGCUUGUUCAGAGGUUGAGAUAGACUGUCUAACUGGAGACCAUCAGGUGCUAAGAACUGAUAUAGUGAUGGAUGUUGGAGUCAGUCUGAAUCCUGCCAUAGAUAUUGGUCAGAUAGAAGGAGGCUUUACUCAGGGUUACGGUUUGAUGAUGAUGGAGCAACAAAAGAUCUCACCAAAAGGUAUCCUGUAUACACGAGGACCUGGCAACUAUAAGAUACCAGGCUUUGGCGAUAUACCUGUUCAGUUCAAUGUUACCUUGCUCAAAGGCAGUGUCAACGAAAAGGCUGUUUAUUCUUCAAAGGCUAUUGGAGAACCACCUCUUUUUCUAUCAUCAUCAGUUUUCUUUGCUGCCAAGGAUGCUAUAGCGUCAGCACGUGCGGAUGCUGGACAUCAUGGGAAUUUUAUACUUCCUAGUCCAGCAACACCAGAACGUGUAAGGAUGGCAUGUGAGGAUCAGUUCACAGAUCUGUUCCCAAAGGCUAAAGAAGGCACCUUCACUCCAUGGUUUGUUGAGUUGUAGAUCCAGCUGCAGCUAGUGCUACUUAAGUAACAUAUAAAAUAUGUGUCCACGUCAGUUGAAAUAUUCCCUAUGCCAUUUCCUACGCAAAGUUGCAGUGUGCAGCUAAUUUUUGCAAAGGGUUGUAUAUGUUCUAAAUUCAGUUACUUAACCACUUUGCUGUUUAUCACUUCUGUGAUACAUUUGAGAUUGACCUUCCGAAGAAUUGUUCAGAUGUUGAUACAGGGCAUUAUGUGAUUCCAGUAUUUUUGUCGGUUAUGUUUAGUACCCUGUCAUGUUGUUAAUGCUAAAUUGUUACAUAUGUUUUUUUUUAUGUUUUUCUGCUUAAUUGCUCAAUUACCUGUCAUGAAAAAAGGCUUAUUAGUUCAAUUUUAACACAGCACCAUGUAACAAUUCAUGUAAUGCAUUUGGUUGUAUUUGUCUUUCUGAUCCAAGUCAUCGACUGUUUUUUUAUUGUUAUCUGAAUUAUAGUGACUCGAUAUUUUGUUAGGUCUGAAGUUACUUUUGUAGGCAGUGGUUUUCCACAGGUUGUCAUUACUUCUGAAAGAAUCUGUUUAAUUAUUCUGUAGUUUGAUAUAUAAAGAUAUAACACACACCUGUUAAAAUUGUUGGUCAAACAAAAAUCUGAUUUUCUUUGGAAUGUAUUGUCACAUCUAAUGACAGGUUCUUGUUAAUGUGUUUUAUUUCUUUUGGACAAAUGUUUAGACAAGGUUUGUAAAUUUAGCCAAGACAUUGCAGAUUUUCUGAAAGCUAGGCUUUGAAGUAGAUAUUAUGCAUUUUAACUUGGUAAAUAAUGUUUAAAAUAUUAUACCAAGAUUUGUGAUAUUAUGGUGUUAUUUAUUCUAGGAUUUAAUAUAAAUAUUCAAAGGGUAUAUAUUGGGUCUGGUAUCGCAGAUUGGAUAUUAACUUUCAUUGAUAAUCGGACAUUAUAUUAUCCAGAAAAGGAUAGCAGUGUAUACUAUUACAAAGACUUUAUACCAUAUAGCUAUGCUACUUGGAAAAAACAUUUCAUUAAGAAAGAUCCAUUACUGAUGCUUUCAGCUGAUAUAUAUGCUGAUAUAUAUUUUAGUACUUCUUUUCCUGUAAUUGAGGUGAUUUCUGCCCCUUGCCCCCCCCCCCCCCCCCACCCACCCCGCAGGGUCGUUUGUCAGUCAUUCACACAAAGUUGGAUGGUGUGAUAACUUAAAAAGUAGAAGAUAUUUUUCAUGAAACUUGGUACAUGGAUAGUUGGCAAUAUGAAAAAUAUGUGGUCAUUCUAUUUUGUCCCUAUGGUAAAUAAUGCAGUGGAGAAAAUAGUCCAAACAAAUCAAAUGACAAAAAUGUGGCAAUGUUGAAUCCAGUGAUAACUUAAAAAGUACAAGAUAUUUUUUAGUGAAUCUUGAUACAUGAAUAGAUUGCUGUAUUGAAAAUAUGCACAUAUUUUAAUUUUGUUGCUAUAGCAAUAAAUGCGAUUGCUGUGGUAACAUAUAUACAUAUGUAUUAAGAAAUGGACAAAAAGUGGCUGCAAUAAGUAUUCAUGAAAUUAAGUAAAUAGAUAGAAGACAAUGUGUAGAACACACUAUUUUAUUUUCCCUGUUUGUGCAUCCAUUUAUCUGUCUGUCUGUCCUGUCAGUCGAAAAUGGUAGAUUCUGUUAUAAUAACUUUUUUCAUGGUACCUGGGACAUAGACAAAAGGUAGUAUGUAGAAUAUACAGAUUAUUUUAUUUUGUCCCUUUAUCAAUUCUUUAGUCCAUCUAUCUGUCCAUACAUGUCAAAAAAUAAUACGAAUGCCCAUUCUGGUAGGGACUUUUAUUACAGGGCAAGAGUCGAUUAAUACUGCUGUCACAGCUAUGAACGAUAAUAUAUUGUGGGCAUUUUGCAUUUGUAAAGUAGCAAAUACGAAAUCAAGUACCAAACAAAUGUUACACAUAACAAUUUAAUAUUAUAAUAUCAGUUUCUGUAGUAACCUGUGUGGAAACAUGAACUGUUGUUAAACAAUAUUUCAUGAAGAUUGACAGUAAUUAAGACAUUGAUAACCAAACAAGUAAUUAGAAUGUAACAAAACGUCUUGAAGCAUGAAUGCUUCUGCUAUACAAUUGUUUCUUAUGAUGAAGAAAAAGUGUAUAGCAGAAUCAUGUUUUUAAAGAAUGUUCUACUUACUUAUAAACAUAGACAAUAAUGCAGUAGUCUUUUUAGAAGUUAACUGUUAUAAAAGUAUAAAAGUAGUCAUCUAGUCUGUGUGUUUCCAUGUUUUCAAUUAAAUGUGUAGUUAAUUACAUAACAUGAAAAUGAAAAGCUCAGGACAAAUGUAAAGUAAAUAAAAUAUGUUUAUAUGUUUAAUCUAGCUAUUUAUGAAAAUGAUAAAUCUUGCUUGAAGAAAUAUAACUCCAGUAUGAUGUAUUUCGGCGAUAUGGAAGUUUUGAAAAAUCAUUGUUUUAAAUUGCAAACUUUAAAAUGAGUAGAAAUUAAUGUUUAACAAUGGCAGAAUUGUUUUUUUAAGCAUGUCCAUGAAGAUCCUCACAAAAUCAAUUGAUAAAUUUAUGCUGGGUGAUUAUAAUUGUUGAUGUUCAGUAGAAAAACAUAAUUGGGCCGCGCCAUGUGAAAACCAACAUAGUGGCUUUGCAACCAGCAUGGAUCCAGACCAGCCUGUGCAUCCGCGCAGUCUGGUCAGGAUCCAUGCUGUUCGCUUUCAAAGCCUAUUGCAAUUAGAGAAACCGUUGGUGAACAGCAUGGAUCCUGACCAGGCUGCGCGGUUGCGCAGGCUGGUAUGGAUCCAUGCUGGUCGCAAUCUGACUAAAGUACUUGAUCUUCUAAACGAAGAUCUGAGAAUGACCCAUUCACAUUCGUCUUCUGUAUAUUUUGGAUUUCCAAUAUUGCUAUUUUUAUUUUCGCAAAUCUAUUUUUAUAUUAACCAAUCAGACGAAUUGUUCGAAUGUCAAAGAGUAAGAAAAAUGUGCAGGACCCCUCGCUUACAGAGCAUGUGUCCUACCGACUGAGCUAACUGGCUGUCUGACACAUUAUGACAUAAGAAUUGUAAAUAUCAAAAAUCAAGGCUAACUAUAGAUUUGUAAAAAGUUGUAAGUAAAGCUCUGAUUGGCUAGCGAAAGGGUCGUCAGAAUGAGGCUAUCAAUAGCUCGUUCUCAUAUCCUAAGCGUAGCGUAAUAGGAGAUAUACUUUAGUCAGAUUGUGCUGGUCGCAAAACCACUAUGUUGGUUUUCUCGUGGCGCGGCUCAUAUGAUAUUGUGGUGUUCAAUUAAAUAAAAAUAGCUUGCAAGUCAGCAUAAUUAUGAUAUUUAUUAUGACAUUGUUGAAAUAUUUAUUUGUAAUGAAAUGUGUAAUUGUGAAGGAUUGAUUUCAAAUUUUGAGGUAUACAUUAGACAAUGAAAUUAUAAAUUAUAAAUGAAGUUAUUAAGCUACAAUUUAUGCUAUGGGGCACAAUGAUAUUAUAUAUUGUUAUUACAUUGUACUAUCAUUAUAGGGUAUACUAUUGUUAUUGCACUCAAUGCAAAGUUAUUAUUAGUCAUUAUAAUCUGAAAUAUGAAAAGCAGUCGGAAACAGGGAAAUUUAAUGUAUCUAUUAAAUAGACACGAGGAUUUUAAAAUGCCUCAUCCAUAUUACUUCAUUCUAAGACUUGCAACUUGCCUUCAGAUAUUUUGAAUCGUUGAAUCUGAUCGAUAUGGUGAUUUUUUUGGCAAUACUUGCCACCUAUGAAUUUGUAGCUCAUGCUGUUUACAUGUUGCAUCAUACAAAAUUCACAGCACGUUUUGCAAAUAUUAUUUGAAACCGAUUACAGUCUCAUGAUUUUUUGCAAGGUUUCCCGACUGAAUUAAACGUCUGCACAUUUAAUCAUUUUUUUUACAAACAAACAAACAAACAAACAAAUCAUUGCCUUUUACUCUCUCAGAAGAGGGCUUUUCGCAAAAUCUUUUAUUGGAACACAAUAGUCCGGCAAUAACGAACACCAUCCAGUUUUAUGGGGGGUGCAACCGAAAUUAUGCUGGAUUAUAAAGGUGCGACUUUAGGGAUUCACGUUUGACAUCGUCAAGGGAACAGCUUAAAUUAUGUUAGCGUCACCAACGUUGGCGUUUUGCAACAAACAAGUCUUUUUUUCUAUGAAAAAAACUUGUCUGAUUAUGUAUGUUUUUACAUUGUAACUAUUUAAACGGAUCUUUUGUAUUCUUCCUGAUAACGGCAAUCGAGUAUUUAUAUAUUCGAAUAUGAGCAUCAGGAGGGAUGGUCAAGCUUCGUUUAGCUUAGGAAAAUAUCCACCUGAAUACCCUUUUUAGCUCAACUAUUCGAAGACUAUGGAGGGUUGUACUACUCACUCCAGCAUUGGCGUUGGAUAAAGUUUUUAUGAAAUUGUAAUAUCUUGUAUGCCAUCGAAGAUAUUUACAUCAAACUUGGAACACUUGCUUAAUAUAACAGUCUCUUCCUGAAGGCAAAAGUAAAUAACUCUUUGUCUAUUUUGGGUGAAUUAUGACCUUUUUUUGGAUUUGUAAUUGGUUCAGAUUUCGUACAAGUCCAUGUUUUGUAAAAACCAUUUGACUUGUGGCUUUAAAACUUUGAACACUUGUUUAUUAGAACAGUCUCUACCUGUAAGCAAGAGUACAUAACUCUACCAGUUAUUUUGGCUGAAUUAUGGUCCUUUUUGGACUUGAAAAUUGGUUCAGUUUUCGUACAAGUCAAAGUUUUGUCAAAACUAUUUGACCUGUGGCUUUGAAACUUUGAACACUUGUUUAUCAUCAUGAUCUCUAUCUGUAGGCAAGAAUACAUAACUCUGUCAACUAUUUUGGUUGAAUUAUGGCCCUUUUUGAACUUGGAAAUCAGUUAAAGUUUUCAUAACAGUCCAUAUUUUGCCUACCCUGUUUGUCAUAUGACUUGGAAACUUUGACCACUUGUUUACCGUUAAAGUCUACAUAUGGAGGCAUGACUACAUAAUUAGGACUAGGACUUUGGCUCAGUUAUGGCCCUUUUUUGACAUAGAAAUUAGUUAAGUUUCACAUACCAUUCCAUAUUCUGUCUAAACUGUUAGAUAUAUGACUUUGAAACUUUGAACACUUGCUUACCUUCAUGGUCACACAUUGCCAUAUAGUGCAACACUUACCCAGUUCCACAAAUACAGGUACAUUGUCUUAUUAAUUUUUCUUCUUUUGUAUGAAAAUCUCUGGUAACAUUUUGACCCCAUACUUCCAUCAAUUCUUCGAAUAUUGGAGCGCGCUGUCAACAGACAGCAGUUGUUUUAUGCAUAUUCUCAAAAUAUAGGCAUUAGGAAAAUCUUAUUGGAUCAAGUCUUUCAAGUACUUAGAUUAGGGGUUUGUAAACUCCUUAAAUGCAAGCUUAAGCAUUUCAUAGGUUCAUUCCAUCGUUUGUGAGGAUGGAGAACGAGUGUAAACCAGUGAACUCGCAUAUAUAUUUUAUAAGGGAGAGAAAUAUUUUGUAGUACCAUUAUGUAUUAAAUAGGUUACAUAUUACAAAUAAAAUGUAUGAAAUCAUUA